UGUUUGCAAGGUUGUCGGGUCUGGUCGUCUGCUUCGGAUCGGGUGUUCUUCGAACUGAUGACGACAGCGUUCUUCGUCAUUACCCGGCUGGGGUUGAGACACGUCAGCUCUUCAGUGGACCCCAUGUUUAGAAAAGGCGCCGAAUUUAGGAAGACCUUACUUCUGUUAGCAUUCGCGCCAUUGGUUUCCCACUUGCUACGCUCACCACCCUCCGUCUGAGGUAGCACCAACCAACCCAAGCUGAAAACGACGCUUAUCUCUGCCACUCUAAUGAGAGUAGUCAGACGCAGACGUCCAGGUUACAAAAUCAAUUGGAGAAAACUAUUUUUUAUUGCAGCCAUCAUGACAACAGUUGGGGCUGUGCUUCAGACCUUCACACUCCCUAAUCCUAUUGCAAUCUGGUUUCUCUUGCCACCGCCAACAGUUUCAUCAUACAAAGCCUUGAAUGUUUCAGGGCAGGUGAAUGAAGGUCCUCCUCUGUCAAGGAUUGAACAGAUUUCAUCGCUUUCAAUUUCACCUGCUACUACUACUCCGAAUUCUACUGGAUCAAUAAAAUCAGUGCCAAGCAUGGAAAAGAGUUCCAAAGAUUCACGAAUCAGAAAUUCUAGAAGAAGGAGAAGGAAGAAUGUAAAGAAAGGCAAGUCUGACAUCCCAGAGGUUGCACCUCCUCCCCCUAGAACUGAUCCCUCUCCCUGGCAGAGAUACGUAUGGUCAUUGCCGCCUGAUGAAGCACUUGUGUAUGCCAAGAAAGAGAUAAAACAUGCUCCAAUAGUCACUGAAGAUCCUGAUCUCUAUGCCCCUUUGUUUCGGAAUAUUUCUAUUUUUAAAAGGAGCUAUGAAUUGAUGGAAAACAUACUUAAAGUUUACAUCUACCCUGAUGGAAAGAGGCCAAUUUUUCACCAACCAAAUCUGAGAGGCAUUUACGCUUCUGAAGGAUGGUUUAUGAAGUUAAUUGAGGAAAACAGGCAGUUUGUCACAAGGGAUCCAAAAAAAGCUCACUUAUUCUAUCUUCCAUAUAGUUCACGCCAGCUGGAGCUUGCUCUUUAUGUACCUGACUCACAUAAUUUGCGACCUUUAUCAAAAUAUCUGAGGGACUAUGUGAACAUGAUUGCAGCAAAAUAUCCUUUCUGGAACCGCAAUCGAGGAUCAGAUCAUUUUCUGGUUGCUUGCCAUGACUGGGGUCCAUACACUGUGACUGAACAUAAGGAACUUAGAAGAAACGCCAUAAAAGCUCUCUGCAAUGCUGACCUAUCUGAAGGAAUCUUUGUUGCUGGAAAGGAUGUCUCUCUGCCGGAAACCACAAUUAGAAAUCCCAGGAAGCCUCUCAGAUAUGUUGGAGGGAGAAGAGUUUCUCAGCGCCCAAUCCUUGCAUUCUUUGCUGGAAACAUGCAUGGUAGGGUCCGCCCCAUAUUGCUGAAACACUGGAGUGAUAAAGAUGAAGACAUGAGGAUAUAUGGGCCUCUGCCAAUCAGUGUCUCCAGGAAGAUGUCUUACGUUGAACACAUGAAAUCAAGCAGAUUUUGUAUCUGUCCAAUGGGGUACGAGGUGAACAGCCCUAGGAUUGUUGAAGCGUUCUAUUAUGAGUGUGUUCCAGUUAUCAUUGCAGAUAAUUUUGUCCCUCCAUUCAAUGAAGUGCUAGAUUGGAGUGCAUUCUCUGUGAUCGUGGCAGAAAAGGAUAUAGCGAAUCUGAAGGAGAUUCUCCUAGCUAUACCCUUGAGACGCUAUCUUUCUAUGCAAAUAAAUGUUAAGAUGUUGCAGAAGCAUUUUCUUUGGAACCCAAGACCCAUCAGAUAUGAUUUAUUUCAUAUGGUUUUGCAUUCAGUUUGGUUCAGUCGGCUGAACCAGAUUGAACUUUCACAGGACUCUUGAAAUUUUCUCUGGGUGAUUAGUUUGAUGUCCAAUUUCUUUUGCUAAAAACAGACCAUCUUGCAGAAGAUGGCGGACCUUGAAGAGGAUGAAAGAAAUUCAAACAGGUACAAUAAUGUUGUCGACAAUUUGCUUGGAAGGGUGUAUUACUGGUAUUUUUUCUGAAGUCAAAGUUGCCAGUUUUUUUUGUCUGGUUGGGAGUGUACAGUUUUACAUACAGGGACCUGCAAGCAUUGAUGCGUAUCUGACCAGAAGAAACGGUACUGGACGGGAAUGAUGAUUUUGUAUUGUAGGGAAAGCAAGGAUUCUCCAUAGUUACUAGUAAUGACAUCCUGAAGGAGACGGGAGGCAACCAGUUACUUCAUGUAAACAAGAUCCCUUUGUGUCAUAGAAAAUUAAAAGAGAGAGAAAGAGAGA